AUAAAGGACGUAAAGACAACUUCGACCGGCACAAAAUUAAACAUCAACUCACUGCUACAUAUCACCAGAACACACCUCCUCUUCUCAUGGAUUUCGUUCGUGCAUUUCUUGUGCUCUGCAUUACCAUGAUUCUGUUCACCCACAAUUGGAGAAAUGCAGAGGGAAGGUAUCACCACCACCGUCCAAAGAAGCAGAAAAGCCCUGUUCAUAAUCAUUCGCCUCCUUCCAAGUCUCCUAGUGUACCUUCUAAGCCACACCCAGAUAAUCCUGGGCUUUCCGGUUCCGGCUCUGUUUUCGACGUAAAAUCCUUUGGGGCAGUCGGAGAUGGUGCCGCCGAUGACACCGCCGCCUUCGUGGCGGCAUGGAAAGCAGCUUGUGCAAUAGAUUCAGGAGUGGUUCUAGCUCCUGAAAAUCACCGUUUCAAAAUCACUUCCACUAUCUUUUCUGGCCCCUGCAAGCCUGGACUUGUGUUUCAAGUGGAUGGAGUUCUUAUGCCUCCAGAGGGACCAAAUUCAUGGCCUCAAAAGGAUAGUCGCAACCAAUGGCUUGUGUUCUACAAGCUUGAUCAAAUGACUUUCAAUGGGACUGGAAUUAUAGAAGGCAAUGGACAACAAUGGUGGGAGCUUCCUUGUAAACCUCACAGGGGUCCCAAUUGGAAAACGUUGCCAGGACCAUGUGAGAGCCCAGCAAUGAUAAGGUUCUUCAUGAGCUCCAAUUUGGCGGUGACUGGUCUAAGAAUUCAAAACAGUCCUCAGUUCCACAUGAAGUUCGAUGGCUGCCAAGGAGUUCUGAUCGAUAAGCUGUCCAUCUCUUCGCCUAAACUCAGCCCCAACACCGACGGAAUCCACAUAGAAAACACCAACACUGUGGGAAUAUACAACUCCAUGAUUAGCAAUGGUGAUGAUUGCAUUUCAAUUGGACCGGGGUGCUCAAAUGUGAACAUAGAGGGCGUCACUUGUGGACCUAGCCACGGGAUUAGUAUUGGAAGCCUGGGAGUGCACAAUUCACAGGCAUGCGUGACGAACCUAACAGUGCGAAACUCCAUAAUAAGGGAAUCAGACAAUGGGGUUCGAAUCAAGACAUGGCAAGGAGGAACGGGCUCAGUGACGGGGCUAAGGUUUGAGAACAUUCAAAUGGACAACGUCCUAAACUGCAUCAUCAUAGACCAGUACUACUGCUCGUCGAAGGCAUGCCAGAACCAGACGUCGGCGGUGCACGUAAACGACGUGUCGUACAGGAGCAUCAAGGGAACAUACGACGUGCGUACCCCUCCCAUUCACUUCGCUUGCAGCGACACCAUCGCUUGCACCAACCUGACGCUAUCGGAGGUGGAGCUUUUGCCGUACGAAGGGCAGCUUCUGGACGAUCCUUAUUGCUGGAACGCGUAUGGAACUCAAGAGACUAUGACCAUUCCUCCACUUAGCUGCCUAAGACAAGGCGAGCCAGCCACUGUGGGAGAGCUCUCAGCAUAUGAAUGCAGCAGAUAAAAAUAAAAAAAGGAUUAAAUAGAUUAUAUAUAGAGAAGAAAUUAAUUGAUGAUGAUGAUGAUUGUAAUUUUUAAUAUAAUUUGUCUCUAGGAUUCAUCCCUUUUUGGGUGGUUUUAAUCCCUUAUUGUGUGAUGAGAAAUACUGGAUUGGGUCCAACUUGUUGGACCAACACAUUGUAAUAGAUUGGUUGGAUAUGUACAUCAUAUAUGAUGCCACCUUUGGAUUAGUGGAAAUCUGGAUUUGGAGAUGAAUUUAGAUCACAUUCAUUA